GUGACUAACUGGUCAAUCGUCAUUACUCAUUAGUCAAUCAGUGACAGUGACGGAAGAAAAGUAAACAUAAUAUUCAUUUUCAAUAUUAAUAAACAAUACGAGAAAUUCUCUUCACAGCCAAAUUUAAAUUGAGAAUAGCUGUUGUUAUUGUACCAUUGCAACUAAAUCUAGUUGAUAUCAUAUGUUCCUCUGAUAUUUGUCUUGAACUUGGUAGUGGAGUUGGCAUUCAUCAAAAAUGUCUGAACGAACUACAGAAGAAGUUAAUAAUGUACCCCUUACAGAUAAUUCUCUUAUAGUAGAUAUUUCUGAUGCAUUGAGUGAAAAGGAUAAAGUUAAGUUCACUGUCCAUACUCGAACAACUAUGAAACACUUUCAGAAACCAGAGUUUCUAGUAGUAAGACAGCAUGAAGAGUUCAUCUGGUUACAUGAUCGCUAUGAGGAGGAACCUAAGUAUGCUGGAUAUAUUAUACCUCCACCACCACCAAGGCCAAAUUUUGAUGCUUCUCGAGAAAAACUUCAACGUUUAGGUGAAGGAGAGGGUACAAUGACCAAAGAAGAGUUUACAAAGAUGAAACAAGAGUUAGAGGCCGAAUAUUUGGCAACCUUCAAGAAAACCGUCGCAAUGCAUGAAGUGUUCCUCACACGACUGGCCAGCCACAUCGUCUUUCGUGAAGAUGCCCACCUACAUGUUUUCCUAGAAUACGAUCAAGAUCUGUGCGCCCGUCCCAAAGGCAAACUCCAACAACUUGGCGGUCUGAUAAAGUCAGUAGGGACUACGACAGACCAGUACUACUUGAACGCCACCGUCAGGGACGUCAAUGACUUUUUUGAGCAGCAGAUGAAUUCUCUAUCAGAAUAUCAUAAUCAAUUGAGGGAUGCCACUUUUCGUAGUGAUAGAAUGACUGAGAAACAUAAAGAACUUGCUGACAGUUAUAUCAAGAUAUCUAGUGGUUUGCUACAACUAGCAAACUGUGAUAAUGGGCAUUUAGAUAAAUAUUUAUCUAAAGUAUCCGAAACAUUUGAAAAAUCUAGGAAAAUAGAAAGUAGAGUAGCUAGUGAUCAGGAUUUGAAAUUAGCAGACACACUUCGCUAUUAUAUGAGAGACAGUCAGGCUGCAAGAUCAUUAUUGGUUAGACGUUUAAAGUGUUUGGCUACUUACGAGAAUGCCAACAGAACAUUAGAAAGAGCCCGACAUAAGAAUAAGGAUAUACAUGCUGCGGAGAUUGCCCAGUCUGCUGCUUGUGAACAGUUUGAGUCGAUAUCAGCUCAGGCAAAGGAAGAGUUGUUGGAUUUUAAAACAAGAAGGUUGCAUGCAUUUAGGAAAAGUCUGAUAGAAUUGGCUGAAUUGGAAGUCAAACAUGCUCGAACUCAACAGGAUUUGUUGAAAAAAUCGAUAGCCGGCCUAAAAGAACUAAUUUAAUCAAGUGAUACAAUUAAAUUAUACUUUUUUUAUUGAUUUUCUUAUUAUAUUAUAUUGUACAUUCCCUUAAUUAUUUUUGUACUGAGGAAUGUUUUAUUUUUCCAAAAAAUAUUGUUUUGGUUUCCUGAUGGAUUUUAUUGCAGUUAUAUUAUUGAAUGAAAAAUUGUAUAUCGAAUAUUGUAUGUUAUCUAUAUUUGCAGAAAAUAAAUUUAUAAAAUUUU